AUUAAUUUUUAAUGGAAAAUGGCUGCGUUUCUCAACCAAACCUCUGGAGCUGGGAAAUAAAAAUCCGUCCAGCUGAGCCUCCUCGUUAACACCGUAACAAUCUGAUGUGGUGAUUAAACGCUAGCUAGCCGAUGUCCUGCGCUGCGAAAAUAUUUGGGAAAAUGCAUCGACUCAGGCGCUGAGAGAUGAAAGAUCAUUUUUCUCCUUAACCCUUUCUGCUCCGAGAUCUGCGAACAAUCGAGCUGAAGAUGAUGCGCCAGGUGACAAGCAGUGACUUCUGCAUGAAUAGCAGGCCGUCAUGCCUAGCAGAGGAUGGCCACCACCCUGCCUCCCACUUUGAACUGUGCACCUCCCAGUCCAACAAGUUCUAUCCUCCUCCCCCUCCGUCGGCCCUCCAGAUGACGCUGGCUCCCAUGGUCUUACCUGCCCAGAGCCACAAGUCCAUGGUGUGCCAGAGACAGGAAGUGCUUGGGGGUAACACCAGCUCGCCUGGAAAAAUACCUGGCAUUAAAGGCGCUGAUCAAGCGACGGAUGACGGCAAGAAGAAGAACAAGGCUGUCGGGAAGACAGGCAGGCGUGGGAGGCCUUUGGGAACCACCAAGCUAGCCGGAUACAGAACCAGCACGGGGCGACCCCUCGGCACCACCAGAGCUGCUGGGUUCAAGACGAGCCCAGGAAGGCCGCUGGGUACUACCAGAGCAGCAGGGUAUAAGGUCAGCCCCGGACGGCCUCCUGGCAGCAUCAAGGGCCUCUCUCGCCUCAACAAACUGGCUUAUGGUGGCACCUGUAGCGGGGCGGCUUUCCCCUAUCCACUACCACACAAGGAAAUCCUCUGUGAACCUUCCUGCAAAGAGAAGACACCGAAUGAGUGAAGGCUCUUCUCUGUUUCUACUCACCCUCCAACAGUUGAAUAAGAGACGCAUGUGUACAGGUUUCCUGCCAGAUACUGGGGGUGCCUGUAAUCUUUCCCAGUCUGCUGUGACGCUGAGAGGAGGAGAUUUUCUAUUAUUCGUGUUGGUGUCAUCUGUGUGCCUGCCACCUGAUAUGCUCCAUAGCGUGUGGAAGAUUUCACUACACAUUACGGUAUCUGUUUUUUUGGUAAAAAAAAUCAUACUAGAUGUUUCUUGAGCAAGAGGCUUUUAUCUUACUAACAACUGUAGUGAUAGUUCAUGACAAGUUUAAUUUUCAUUGUGCUUUAUGUAGCAUUUUUACACAAGUGAAUGAUCGAAACAUUCGUUUUAAAAUGUUUAAUCACUGUAAACAAAGGAGACCAUCAUGAGAAGAGUGAUAGCCACAAUUAUGUGAAAUCUGUUGGGUUGCUUUGCAGCAUAAAACAAGGACACAUUUUACUUUGUAUUUUCAUCAUGCUACAGUUUAAAGUUAAUAUUAGCUUAUGUCAGAUAUUCUCUCUUGCUCUUGCUCUUUAAACAACCACAUGUGAAGCAAGAAAUGUAGAAAAAGAGACAAGUAGGCUAGCAACAUUGCUUUUACAACAGGAAGGUUUGUUGGAAAUGUGGUCUUUCAUUUAUAAAUCUAAAUGCUAUAUGUAGCACCUUUUAUGUGUCACAUUUGUAAAAUAGAAAGCGUCUCACCCAGAUUCUUUAUUUUGAGUGAAAGAUAGUUAGAUGUACAGAUAGCACCCUGAAAGUGAAAUCCAAUUAAUUCAACACACUAAACACUAAAAACAUGAUUCCUGCUAAUACUGUCUUACUGUUCACUCUCUAAAUGUCAUCUCGCGAAAUGUCUAUAUAUUAUUUGCAUGCAAAUGUCAUCAAAGCAACUGAGUCAGCUUACAGAUUGUUGUGAGAAAUAACACUGUUAUCCUAGUUUUAUUUUUUUUACUAAAAGUAUAAAAGCAUAAACAUUGCCAGCAACUCAGACCACCUCCUGCUUUUCUUAGAACCUGCUAAAAAUUGGUUAAUGUGGGCCGUGGUUGCCUCGUUCUUUGCGCGUAAACGUUUGGAUGAACGGUGUUUGUGUGUUCAGCUUGGUACUGGAUCGUUCUUAAUUACAGUCAAAUUUGUGGUAGUUCAUCUCAGCCAGUUCAGAACCCCUACUCACUGGUGGUCUCACUGUAGAAACGGGAUAUUUGGUAGCUUACUCCUAGUAGAAAAUCCGAUUUUUUCUGCCCAUGGCAGAGGGCUGGGUGUCACUGAAAAUGUUUAAAUACAUCAAAAGAAGUAAGUAAAGUUUAAUUUUGUCUCAACAGAAAGCAGGUGAAGAUGCAUAAAUAGCAACUAUUUCGAUUUAAAAUAUCUGAUCAAAGAAAAAGUAAACAAGACUAAAAAUCAGACCAAGCAUUCCAUUCCAACUUUUGAUAUUUGAAAGCUUUUGAUUCUCGUUGCUAAAGACACAUUUUGUCCGGUUCCUCAAAAAGAAUUUUGACACCCAGCCCUCAUCUUUUCAUCCAAAAAUGUAACUUAUUUCUAAAGUUGAUUUUGUGGUUAUUAUCAAAUCUGACCAUAAUAAAUCUGGUAAGUUUUGUGCCUUUGUGACUGUUGCAUAUAUAUAUACAGAGAGAGAGAGAGAGAGAGAGAGAGAGAGAGAGCAAACAAGCAAAAUUCAAGUUCAAAUAAGAAUGUAUUUUGCUUUAAUGAUACAUUUGUCUCAAGAAAAUGAGCAGAUUGGUGUUCAAAAUAUCAUAAUAUCUUAUCUGUAACAUGAAUGUGUUGCUGAAUGCACUGACUAUGAUUGAUAUGGCAGUUUACAUUGUAGUUAUAAAACUUUACACAAAUUAUCUUUUUAAAAAAACAUUGAUUUACUAAGACAUUAAUGUGACAGACAUUUACCCAACUAAAGCCUCAAAUAUCUUUUUGUAUUCUUGCUCAAGAAUAUAGUUUUGACUUGAAUCAUAAAUAAAUGAGACCAUCACUGAGAAGACUGUCGGCCACUGCUAGCCUCUAUUGAUAGAAAAUCUGCAGACAGGUGGCGCUUCUCCUGAGCAAAGAGCCAGUGCUGUAGAAGGAAGCAGUGAACAGGUGAUGGAAAAAUCACUUUCAUCAUAUAAGUCUGAAGAGAAAAGAACAACUUAUUGCCACAUUUAUAAAAGCUUAUGAAACACUUACGACCACUAUCACGGGUGUGAGACGGACUACAAAUUAUCCCACAGUCUCAUUUGUUUACGUAUUAUCUCACUUAAUUGUAAGAAUUUAAGAAUCAUGUAUCGAUUAUGUCCUGAUCUAAUUUCUACAUCGUAAAGUAAUAGUACGGCUUAUGAAUCUUUUAAGAUUUGAUUUUAAUGUAUAUGUUCUAAUGUUAUUUUAUGUUGCUAUGUAUUAUUUAGUUUAAGGUUCAUUAGCUGCCCUGCAGAACACUUGAACCUGACUGCUGGGGCAGCUGGUGUUUUUGUGAAAUGCUCAUGUCAGCUAAUUUAGUACAAACAGGCUGAAGACAGAAAAGAAAGUUACAGUAGUUUUAAUGGUUUAAUAUUUGUCAUUCCACAACAUGCUUGAUGCACUGUAAAUACAGUAGAUCAUAUAAAGUAAAAUAUGAUUUUCAUCCAAAAUAACUGAGAUUUGACUGUGUCGCUGUAUUUUAUUCAAGUCGUUUUUAAUCGUUUAAAUUGAAAUCUUAAAACUUGCCCCGAUGAUCAUUCGGUUUUUAUUAUUAUUCAUAUACAGUGAUUUGAAAUCUUGAGAGUGAAGAAAUAGUACAGCUUCACUGUUUCGCUGAUUCAUGACAACAUUUAAAAUCGUUAAAUUUGGUGCAAUAACCUGUUGUAUGUAUUGUACUGUGAAAACUUUGAUACUAUCACUUUUUAUUAUGGUUGUAUUUUUAUACUUGUGUACAAGGCCUUCUGUCACUUGUUUUGUUGAUGUGUGUGGUGUUAACAGAGGUUACUGAAAUGUCACAUACAAAAACCUUUUCACCCUCCUUUACCAAAGAAUAUGAUGUUAUCUAACUGUAGGCAUUUAUGCUAUUUGAUUUUUAAAAUAUUCCAACAUCUCAUAAUAUAACCUUAGCAUGAAAGUUACUGUGUACAAUGUAAAUGAAAAAGCACUUGGAGACCACUGUCCCAUAAAAGACUGUGAUUGUUUGGAUUAGUACAAAACCUUUAAAUUGUCACAUCUGAAGCUAUUAAAACACCACUUUCUUGAAAGCAUUGUAAAUUGCUCAACAAUGACAAUGUAAACUUAGUUCCUUACAUUUCAUUGUAUUUAUAUUGUUAUUCUCCUUUGAAAAUAUUUCUCUUUUUAUAUGUAAUUCUUAUGUAGCCAUGUUUGAUAUUUAACUGAUCUUGUUUUGUUGAGGUUAUAGCUGACAUGAUGCCUGGCUGUCUCACAAUCUGAAGAUUGUGUUGUUUUAGGCUUUAGGUACAUAUUGUGCCGUGGAGCCUGAUGGGAUAAACAUGCUGGCAGAAUGCACUGUUAGCUGAAGAAAUUUUGACAUGUCUCAGUAGGAAAAGCACUGGUAAAAAUAAUAAAAUGAACGAUGGCUCAAUUCCAUUUAGUUGCUUCAGUUUCGGGGUCCUGGUAUUGUGCAUGCUGGCUCAUUGUCACACUGUCAUGGCUUACUGGGACACUUGAAUAGGCCGUAAAUGUUACUAGUAACACUGUUGCUUCUCCUUCUAUCACAAGUCAAAAUGUCUGCUGUGACAAAGGCCUUUUGUCUGUCCUGCUCCAUCUUCUUGGUAACCUUGCUCCACUAGCUUCUGCUACUUUGUUGUUUUCUCGUUUUUGUCCAUAUUUUAGACUAACUGGAUAUCUACUCUUGUAAUGUAACAAACAUAAAAUAAUGAUUAUUUUGCCAACCUUCAACAACUACAGCUCCCAUGACAGGGUGCUAGUGGAACAGUGGUUAGCUUCUCCACCAGUAACGUCUCUAAAGCCAUGCAAUUUCCUAUUGAAGGUUUCUUUCAUCGGUGGUCCAUAUUAUGAUAAAUGGGAAUUCCAAAGGUCUUGGGCUUGUGGGAAAUGAUGUUUGAUAAAGGCAGCUAAAAUCAGAACUAAUAAACAAUAAUACUAUGAUAUAAAAAACACAGAGGUUUUUGUUCCACUUUGGCUCUACAUUUCUCUUAGUGAGAUAUAUUGUUGUUGUUGAACACUAACAAAAUGACUGUUGUAUUGUCUCCAAAUAAGGAGUUGUACAAAGUUUACUAUCCAGUACAGUAGUAGUAGAUAUUCAUUUAGCGUAAAAUAUGGACAGAAAUGCCACAAACAUGUUUCAGCAUUUUAUGAAGGCAGAUGAAAGAAAUCCCACUGAGUUACAAAUGUUAAUAAAAACAGAUGCUAGCUAGGACAGCGGGAGUAGGACUUCUGAUGGUAUGUUGAGAUUCGGAUUAGAGAUGGCUUGGGUUAAGUAAGUGUUUGACAUAAUGAAAAAUUUGGAAAGAAAUCAGGAGGACUUCUCCAUUACAACAAAUCUGUGUCAUAUUAUCUGAGAUUUUAGGCUUUCUGCAUUGUUAACACACUUGUUGUUAAUGGGAAAACAUUUACGACCAUGAAAUGAUAACAGUGUAAUGACUGAUUGCCAGUAUAUUAGGUGUAACCUCAGAGCUCCGUGAAGGUUCAUGUUCAACAUGUAGAAAAUACUUUGUUAAAUAUAGGGACAUUGUGGAGCGUAUAUAUUACACAAAACCAUUUUUCUCCUGAAUUGUUCGCUUGACAGUAGGCACUGACAUUUUGGAUGGUCAUCGCAGAAGGGAUAGGAGAUAAUUAUGGAAGGUUGAUUACUCAAUGACAUUGUUAAAAUCUUUCAUUUUCAGCUGUAAUAUUUCAAGUUAAAUCAGUGCUGACACAAGGCACAGGAGGUGAUAGUUUGUGUUGCUUUUCCAUCAUUGUCUUUUGAGUGAUUUCUUUAUCUCACCAUCUUCAGCAUUAAAUCAACACAUGGUCUGUUGUCUGUAGAUGAUGAUUUCAAAAAAUAUUACCUCACAUUUUGAGUGUUUUUGAGAAGACGUGAAGCCCAGUAAUUCCUACAGUGUGAUUGACGAAGCCUGUAAAGCUUUGUAUUUUUGCCAUUUUAUUCCUGCAUGAUUGUUGUGGAAUGUUCAAAAGUUGUAUAAUAAAUCUGAAAGUAACACAUUCUGCUGAAA